AUGGCGGACAUUUUUGACGGACACAAACCGUUAGCCGAGGAGAUACCAACAGAGACGACAACAACGGAAGCUGAGGAGAUACCAACAGAGACGACAACAACGGGAGCUGUGGAGAUACCAACAGAGACGACAACAACGGGAGCUGAGGAGAUACCAACAGAGACGACAACAACGGGAGCUGUGGAGAUACCAACAGAGACGACAACAACGGAAGCUGUGGAGAUAGAUACCAACAGAGACGACAACAACGGAAGCUGUGGAGAUACCAACAGAGACGACAACAACGGGAAUUGUGGAGAUACCAACAGAGACAACAACAACGGAAGCUGUGGAGAUACCAACAGAGACGACAACAAUGGGAAUUGUGGAGAUACCAACAGAGACAACAACAACGGAAGCUGUAGAGAUACCAACGGAGACGACAACAACGGGAGCUGUGGAGUGACCAACAGAGACGACAACAACGGGAGCUGUGGAGAUACUAAGAGAGACGAUAACAACGGGAGCUGUGGAGUGACCAACAGAGACGACAACAACAGGAACUGUGUAGAUAGCAACAGAGACGACAACAACGGGAGCUGUCGAGAUACCAACAGAGACGACAACAACGGGAGCUGA